GGCGAACAGAAGGAGGUAAAUGUCAGUAUUGACUGGUUAGAUAAAUUUGACAAACAAUAUAAAAAGUUUCGCAAGGUGCAAGGAUGACCAAAAAACAGCCUCGGGGGGCAGGGGGUAACAGAAGUGGGAAAAACCGUGCAACACUCAUGCGUUACACUACUGUCGUAAAACGUGUAUGAAUGCCGUUGCAAUGGCGUUUGCUGCGACGGCACUUUGCGGCAGCAGGGAAAUCGAGGAGAAAGCAGCGACAACCAUCGCCAGCGGAAACGUUAUCGCCCCAGAAAACCCUGGAUUUAAGCAAUAUUCGAUGAACUAGCUCGUAUAUUGGUUGUAUAUGCCUUCGCCUUGUGGAUGAAAUUGUGUUCAACGUUUUCCAAGUGUCAAUCACCACCUUAAUGCAGUGGGAUGGCCACAGUGCCGCCUGGGCCUAGUAGCGUACUGCCUGCAUCCCCGGCUGAAAUUCCUCCUUUCCCCGUGGCUGGGAGCGCGGAGCCGGCGGUGGAAGACGGAGAGCCGGCGUGCCACGGGGAGCAGUGUGUGCCCGCCGGUACAGGGACGAAGUCUCAGUCGGUAAACGAAGUCAAAAGGUCGGUCAAGAAGAAGCAGAAAAACAUGCUAGCGCGAGCUAGCCCGUCGGCGCUUCACCUUAAAAUGCAAGCCCGAGAGCAGCAGCAGUUGAACGGCUUGGCAAGCCCCUCAGAGGACCCUGACAGCCACCAGCACGUAGGAAGCCGGCCUGACAAUCCCAGAUCGUCCGUAGACAACUGUGACAACAGUAUUGGCAGCAACGAGGAGGCUCCUGCCGCUAGGAACAAUAGUGAGCACUGCCAACACGAAGGCCACAGCCCCUGUUCCAAAAACGGCAGUCACUCUCCUCAUGGUAACAAUAGCGUGAACGGGAUGCCGGGUUUCACUACAGCUGAGGCGGCCUGCGAAGCGGGGAAAGAGUUGGACCACACGCCGCCCUCUAGACCUUCGAGUGACGAGCAGCCGGACGCUGCUGGGCCCGGCGGUGAGGAGAGCCAGGCUGACCUGCAGCAGCCGCCGGCCGAGGAGCUCGCCCGGCUCGACUUGAGCGGCUCCCCCGGGGAGAACCACGGCAUCCGCUAUGUCCGCUAUGAGUCCGAACUUCAGAUGCCGUGGAUCAUGAGACUGAUCACCAAGGACUUAUCUGAGCCUUAUUCAAUUUACACUUACAGGUACUUCAUCCACAACUGGCCGCAGCUCUGCUUUCUGGCCAUGGUGGAGCAGGAGUGUGUCGGAGCCAUUGUAUGUAAGCUUGACAUGCAUAAGAAGAUGUUUCGUCGAGGUUACAUUGCCAUGCUGGCCGUGGAUUCGAAACACAGAAGGAAAAGCAUAGGUACUAAUCUGGUGAAAAAGGCCAUCUAUGCCAUGGUGGAGGGCGACUGCGACGAGGUUGUAUUGGAGACUGAGAUCACCAACAAAUCAGCCCUGAAGCUCUACGAAAACUUGGGUUUCGUCAGAGACAAGCGGCUCUUCAGAUACUACCUGAAUGGAGUGGACGCGCUGCGGCUCAAACUGUGGCUCCGCUAGCGGAAAACAGAAGGGACGGGAGGAGGACGGGACAGCAGGUGCUGUUCACCUCGAACACUUAUCAGCUUGACGGCCUCAGCUCUGCCCUGGUCAUUUCACUCUUAUAGUCACACAUACAGACACCUACACACACACACUUACACAUAUUCCUGUGUCCAAGGAGUAUGCACAUAAGUAUGCAUAAAACAAGCAGACACACCCUCCUUUUAUCCUUGACCUCUGAACAAGCGUUUAGGCAGAAAUGGACUGAAAUCCCAUCAGGUGUUACACGACGGGGGGUCUCCCGCUGCCUUCUGUGACGAGGGCGGGGCGAGUGAGGGUGACCUCAUUGACUGGGGGACAUUGUGACCUUGGAAGCUCGGGGGCGCCUCUUCAACCAGGUGUGAGGCAGCUCAGGUGAGGAUGUGCAUCCAGACUCCCCCACCCCCUACAAGAAAAUAACAAAACAAAAAGGACAAGGCACCACACCAAAAUCCUGCAGAACCCGGGACAAAGCAGACUUAAAAAACACAAGGAAAAAAACUUUAAAAAAAAAAUCAUCACCACAUGAAACAAGGAAGUGGAGCGGUAAACACAGACUGGGAAGAUAUUUGUGGAGUUUAUUUUUGUUUUGUUUUCUCUUUUUUUACCCUUAUAUGUUGGGCAGGGGGACGGAAAAAGCUAUAGUUUGUGUGUUUGUACCGCCUGGUGUUUUUCAGAAAGCAAGUGGCUUGUUUUUUUUUUCUUUCUUUCAUUUGCCGUUGGUUUCACUGUGAGCGAGUGAAGAACACAUUUGUAUGACUGCGUGUGCUUGGUAUGUUUUUGUUUCCCCAUCCUGUCCAGCAGGUGCAGCACUCCUCCCCCACCCCCUGUUGCUGCUGCUACUGCUGCUGCUGCUGCUGCUGCUUCUUCCAUCACCUGCCUCAGCCCCCAGGACUGAAGCCUGUAAAGAUAUGCAUGCUUUUUGUUUCAAUGUGAGCGCAGGAAUAAGAGCUUGUCGAUUAACCCAGACUGAGGCCAAUCCCCACCUCCCCAACUCCCUCUCCAAGAAGCCCAUUCUGUGUUUGUGUACGCAUGUUGGCGCAGAGCAGCUGAUUGAAACAAAUCACUCCAUUAGCACCUCAAACUUUGCCCGACUCGUGGACCUAAGCUUCACUGUCCUCAUCGUCCAACCCAGACAGGAUGUGGGUGAGGAGUUUUUUCUGUUUGCCUGCUUUUUGCAGAUCAUAACUUAUUUUUUUUCCCCCCCCAAAUGCACUGCCAGCUACUGGAAAAGUCCCCCCUCCCAAAAGAAAAAGGAGAAUACAGCAUGUUUAAAAGAGACUCCUCACCGAUGAUGGUGUGGUCCGACAUCUCCUCUGUUUACUAAUUUGCAAUAUUAGCCUGAAUCUCCUCGUUGCGAGUGCCACUCAAACCCAUCAGCGCCACAGCGAUCUGCCCGCUGAGUGGGCAAAGCUCUGCAGCCGCUUCCGGUCCGCCAAAGCACGAGAUCCGAGACAAAGUGUUACAUAUGCUGGAUUCCUGUAUGAGUGUGCUGUGUGCGUGCAAUUUAAAUUUAAAAAAAAAACAAAAAAAGAGAGAGAGAGAAAAAUUGAGAAGUAUUCUUAGCAGAUCAUAUUUUAUUCUUUUGUUCACUUUUACUUUGUUUCCAUUUGUCUACUUGACACCUGUAUAACCUCAUGCCGCUCUCAAGUGGCCGAGUCCAUAAUGCACUUCCCGGGCGCGUUAACUCGAUGCACCGCCAACCUCGCUAUAACAUUCUAAGAUCUCCUUUCCUGCGAACGGAUGCACCCGGGCGGUCCAACGACACACUAAAGCGGCAAAGAAAGCUUGCUUGAACAGCAUUGAACAAAGGUCAGAUGCACCUCUUUGGAAAUUUGCUGCAGUGUGUAUGCGUGAGUAUGAAUGUGUGUCUCCUGCUGUUUUUGACAAUGGUGUGGAUCAUGUUCUGUUAGACCUUUAAGUCUCUACUUUCAGAGUCCCACCCCACCCUGUCCCUGCCCCGCACAGGAAAAUCAGAGCCUCUAAAAGGUGCUGCCAUUUUGUUCUGGCCUUAUAAGGACAACAAGAACUCCUCGUUAGAUACAGGAAGGAACAAAAAAAAAAAGUGGACCCUUAUUUUUCA